AUGAACAACAAAUUUGACGCAUUGAAAGACGAUGACAGUGGAGAUCACGAACAGGACCAAGGACCACCGAAAGACUGUGAGAAGGAAAAGACAGAAGAGGAAGACAAGGAACAAAGCUCCAGGAAAAAGAUGGUGGUUCCAGGAGCAGGAGAGCACCCUCUGCAAUAUAACUACACUUUCUGGUACUCUAGGCGCACCCCAGGGAGACCAGCAAGCACACAGAGCUAUGAGCAGAAUAUCAAACAGAUUGGCAGCUUUGCCUCGGUUGAACAGUUUUGGAGGUUUUACAGUCACAUGAUCCGGCCAGGUGACUUGACUGGGCACAGCGACUUUCACCUUUUCAAAGAAGGGAUAAAACCCAUGUGGGAGGAUGAUGCCAACAAGAUGGGCGGCAAAUGGAUCAUCCGUUUGAGGAAAGGUCUGGCAUCACGAUGUUGGGAAAAUCUCAUUUUGGCAAUGCUGGGUGAACAGUUUAUGGUCGGAGAAGAAAUCUGUGGUGCUGUAGUUUCCGUUCGCUUCCAGGAGGACAUAAUUUCUAUCUGGAACAAAACUGCUAGUGACCAAGCGACUACAGCCCGAAUUCGAGAUACCCUACGCAGGGUGCUGAACCUCCCUCCCAACACAAUAAUGGAGUAUAAGACCCAUACAGACAGCAUUAAUUGCCUCGGUGGUAGGCAAGAGGAUUUGUGA